UCGUUACGGGACGCUACGCUCGCCCUGAGAAGCCGGAGAAGCAGAAACCUCUGGAGAUCAUGGACAAGUUUGAACUGAUUAAGGUCAUUGGGGAAGGUGCCUUUGGAAAAGCAUACUUGGCUAAAGAGAAAUUGAAUAGCAAUCACUGUGUCAUAAAAGAAGUCAACUUUGCAAAGAUGCCCAUGGAAGAAAGAGAAGCUUCAACAAAAGAAGUGAGUCUUCUGGCCAAGAUGAAACAUCCCAACAUAGUGACUUUCUUCAGCUCAUUUCAAGAGCACAGCAGGCUGUUCAUUGUGAUGGAAUACUGCGAUGGGGGAGAUCUCAUGAGCAGGAUCCACAGACAGCGUGGAGUCUUGUUUAGUGAAGAGCAGAUCCUGGGUUGGUUCGUGCAGAUUUCCCUAGGACUAAAGCACAUUCAUGACAGAAGAAUAUUACACAGGGACAUAAAAGCUCAGAACAUUUUUCUUAGCAAGAAUGGAAUGGUUGCAAAGCUUGGGGACUUCGGUAUAGCAAGAGUCUUGAAUAACUCCAUGGAACUUGCUCGAACUUGUGUUGGAACACCUUACUACCUGUCCCCAGAGAUCUGUCAGAAUAAACCAUACAACAAUAAAACGGAUAUUUGGUCUCUUGGCUGUGUUUUAUAUGAGCUAUGCACACUCAAGCAUCCUUUUGAAGGUACCAACUUACACCAGCUGGUCCUGAAGAUUUGCCAAGCACAGUUUGCCCCAAUAUCACCAAGGUUUUCUCAUGACCUACGGUCCUUGGUACCUCAGCUCUUUAAGGUGUCUCCUCGAGAUCGGCCAUCUGUUAAUUCCAUUUUGAAAAAGCCCUUUUUAGAGAUUCUUAUUGCUAAAUACUUGACUCCCGAGAUUAUUCGAGAAGAAUUCAGCCACAUGCUCCUGUACAGAGCAAGAUCGUUAGCCUCUCGGCCUUCUGGGAAGAUGAUCCAGGAUUCUAAGAUACAGAAAGUGAAAUUCCAGGGAAAGUGUCCACCGCGAUCAAAAAUAUCAGUGCCAGCUAAAAAGAAGGAUGUAUUACAUAGAAAUGAGUGGAGACCCCCACCUGGAGCCCAGAAACCAUUAUGCAUAAAAAUGAUGGAAAGGCCCAAAGUUGCUGCGGUUUGUGGACACUAUGACUUUUAUUAUGCUCAACUUGACCUGCUGAGGAAGAGAGUCCAUGAACCAAACUAUCACUGUGUCCCUCAAAAAGAUUCUGGACCCAAGGAGUCUAACCAGGAAGAAAGCAACAGUGCAUCCCCCGCUCCGUGGCCUUCCGAUUACCUUCAGAGGAAAUUCGAAGCUCAGCAAUAUAAGUUGAAAGUGGAAAAGCAAUUGGGUCUUCGUCCUUCUUCUGCUGAGCCAAAUCACAACCAGAGGCAAGAGCUAAGAAAUCAUGGAGACGAGACUGGGUUCCAGGAGCUACAAUUUAGGAAAAAGGAAGUGAAGGACCAGGAGUAUUGGAAGCAGCUGGAAGAAAUACGCCAACAGUAUCACAGUGACAUGAAGGAAAUUAGGAAGAAGAUGGGGAGAGAGCUAGAGGUGAACUCAAAAAUCAGUCAGAAAACCUAUUUGGUGAAGAAGAGUACCCUGCCAGUGUCCCAGGAUGCACCUGAGGAAGAAGCUCCUGCUCCAGACAUUGAAAGAGUCUUAAAACAAAUUAGGCUUCAGAAGACAAAGGAAAGUAAAAUUUCGGAACAGAAAUAUAAAGCUAAGAGUGGGGUAAAGUUUGAAAUUCCCUUAGACAAGUGUGUUUCUGGUGAAAACACCUUUCAGGAGGAUGAGGCAAUGGUUGCACUAAAUGACACUUUGACCUUCGAGGAUGGCAUGAAGUUGAAGGAAUACAGACAUGUGAAGGAGCAAGAAGAUUACACAGACAGAGCCUUUGAAGAGCUCUGUGGCCCAGAAACUGGUAUGUCUAGUCACACCCUGGCUGCUUUGGACUGCAAAAACAGGAGGCAGUGGGAAUCCAGAGCACCUGAGACUCUGCUGCAAAUGAUGGCAGCAGCGGAUGUCAGCACUGCCUGCCCCACCAUGCCUGAUGAUGGUCAAGUGAUUGUGAUGGAAGGUGGUCCAGAAAACAGGAAGCAAUGGCAACAUGAAGCACCAGGAACUUUGAUGGCUAUUUUGGCAGCAGCACACCUGAGUAGCUCAUUUCCUUCCAGUGAAGAAGAACCUGUAGGGACCUUGAAACAAUGUCUUCCUAAAGAUGAAGAGGAGGUGGAAAUGACCUCUGGCAUUGAAGUAGACAAGGAACAACUGGAAGCAGGAUCUGAUGGUGAUGAUACAAAUUUUGAAGAAUCUGAAGAUGAGUUGAGAAAUGAAGUAGUAGAAUCCCUAGAAAAUUUUGCUUCUUCCAAAGAAGAAGUAAAGGAAAAGGCUUCCAUCUUCUCUAAAGAUGCUGAAAAGUCAGAAGAAAAAGAAAGGAUAAGCACAACAACAUCUAAAGAAUCAAAUGAGGUCUCAGAGGUGGUUAACAAUCCAUCAGUUUGUUUUACAGAUGGUGACUAAGGACUAACAAUCAAUCAAAAUGUACAAGUGUAAUUACUGGGAUUUUUUUAAUGUACUGGGAUCAGUGUAAUUUGUGGCAUUUUGUUAUGUUUCUUUGAUUCUUUGUUUUUAAGGCAAUGUCUUGCUAUGUCACUCAGGGUGGGCUAGAAUUCACUAUAAGCUUAGGUUGGCCUUGAACUUGGGAUCCUUCUGUCUCUACCUCCAGAUAACUGGGAUUACAGACAUGCACACUGCACCCAGCUCCCACAUACGUUUUCUUAUUAAGAAUAAGAAGUACCUAUUCCUUAUAGUACCUCUUUAGGUACAAGUAAAAGAAAAACAUUUGUUUGUAAGAGUUUUUCAGUGAUCAUUUCUAGGACUUGAUUUUUCUUUCAAGUUAGAUAACAGAACUCCCUUAAGGAGGAUAGCUUUAGAUUUAAGGUAGGGGAAAGAGAGUCAACCAGGAGCAGCGAGAGAGAUCAGGUAAAUGACAGAGACCAAUAGGCUCCUAGAAACUUGCAAUAUCUUCUUGUAGUUAUGUAACAGAAGUAACUUUCCUGUUGCACUCAUUGACAGAUUCAGCACAGACACAUUCUCAUUUAUUCAUUCAUAUCAAAGUCCUGGUACUAAGGUAUAUUUCCAUAAUUAAACAACAUUCUGAAAGCACUGAUAACACUUGUCUUUAUUUCAUAAUUUUGCCUAUAAUAUGAGCUUAUAAAAUACUGUGGGAAUUAUGAAAAAUAAAGACUUAGGGGCAGGGGAGGUAGCUAAGGGUAGAAUGUAUGCUUAGCAAACAUGAGGCCUUAGAUCUAAUCCGAAGUACCGUUAAAGAAAAUGCCAUACCCCCAAAGCAUAAUUUUAAGAAAGUCUACAAAAUCUAUCAAUUCUUAGGCACCACAAACAAGACAGAGUCCCAUUCCCCUCUAUGCUUUUUCUUCCUUCUUUCUUAAAAAAAAUUUUUUUUAAGUAUUCUUGCCAGGUGCUAGUGGCUCAAGUUUGUAAUUCUAGUAUUUGGGAGGCUGAGCUCCGAGGAUUGC